UAACUGCGCUUCUCAAUCCCUCCUCGUAGCCAUUCGCCAUUGACAUCUGUUGUAAACCUCUCACUCGUAUCUUUCUUCUAAGAGUCUCCGAAACUAAGGAUAUGGAUAUCUCCGACAUAGCGAGAAAGCUCGAUCUCUCCAACAACAAGCUUGUCGUCCGAAAAGCUGCCGAGAUUCGCCGUCUUUGCGAUGCUCAGUUCGAUUCAUCCGUCAUCGGCGUUGGUGAGAUCUGUAAAGCGGUGAUCUGUCUCGAAAUCGCAGCGUCUCGGUUGCAGGUUAUUUUCGACAGACAAGCAGCGAUUAAGUUGAGUGGUAUGUCGGAAAAGGCAUACACGAGAUCAUUCAAUAGCCUCCAAAACGUUAUUGGAGUCAAGAUUAAGCUCAACGUGAAAGAGCUGGCGAUUCAGUUUGGGUGCGUUAGGAUCAUCAAAUCCGUGCAAAACAUGCUAUCUUUGUAUAAAGAGAGGUUUCUUGCAUCGCUACCAGCGUCAAGACGGGCGAACGCUGACUUCACUAGACCUGUAUUUACGGCUGCUGCUUUCUAUUUGUGUGCUAAAAAGCAGAAGCUUAAGGUAGAUAAGCUUAGGUUGGUUGAGGUUUGUGGAACAUCAGAAUCUGAAUUCUCUUGUGUGUCUACCUCCAUGAUAGACCUUUGCUUUGACUGUGUUGGGGUCUCUAAGGAGAAGAAAGAUGCAAAAGAAGUUAAAGGAAACCGGGAGUUGCUUGAUGUGUUACCUGGAAAGAGGAGACUAGAGGACGGUGGAUAUUCAUCUGAUGAUGAGUCUUCGUGCUACAAAAGACACAAGAAGAUGGAGGAGGCUAAGUACGAGGAUUGGAAAUCGACAGUUGUUAAUUCGAUCAAGAAGAAUCCAGAGAAAGGACCUAAGAAAGUUAUACAGACUAGUCUCAAUUUCACAAAGAAGGCUGAGACUGAAGAGUUGCAAGUUGAUUCAUAGUCAAAGACUCAGAUCCUGUUCAAUUUCUUGUUGUUUUGCACCACAGGAUAUAUGUGUAAAUUACAGUCUUUGAAAGAUAUAUAUUUUUUCCUAUACCAUUCUGCUCAAUGACAUUUGGCAUA